UUAGCCCAGAAGGUUUUCAUAUAUAUUGAAUACCAAAAACAUUAACAAUUAAGGAGUUUUAUAUAUUUAAUAUAUACGUAUAUAUAAUUUUAUAUAAUAUAUCAAGAAUCAAUAUGGCAAGUGCUCAAUGCAAUUCUGAUAAAUUCCAUAGCAAAGCUCAGGCAAAUCACUCUGUUAGCAAAGUUGAAGAUGCAAUUCAAAGAGCUUGUGAAUCAGCUCAUCAAAAAAGGGAACAUAAUUCUGGAUUUCUUCACCAGACUGGAGAGCAAAUGUUGCACAUGGCUCAAGAUGCAGUUGAUGGGGUGAAGAACACAUUUGGAAUUGGAACUAAAAAUAAUAAAUAAAAGAAUUAUUGUUCACUAAUAUGUUAUAUAAGGAUUUGUAACCAAUAAGAAUUAUCUAUCACUAUGUUAUUAUUAAUCAUAUAAGCAUGUCACAAUUAUUUUU